UGCAAAACAGAACACUAUUUUGAAAAUGUCUUUCCAUUAUGUUGAAACGAUAGAAGCUAACGAGAGGGAAGAAAAUGUUGAAUUUAAAGCCAAAGGAAUUUAGCUUACCACAGGUUUGCGAAAACAAAAAUAUCUGCUCUUUGAAGUUCUCAUUGUUAAACCCUAAUCUUUGAUAUCAUUUUUAUAACCACAGUGAUGUGACACCACCCCUGGGGUAACACUAGUGGAAAAAUUGGAACAUACCCGCCAGGCACUAAGAGCAGCGGAGUAAUUCUGCCAACCUGUAAAAGCAGCCUUGCUCAGGUAGGUGAGCACGAGGACUCUGUCUCGACUGGCGCGGCGGGCUUGAUGACGUAGGCACACCUGGUGGAAAAGCGCCUGCGGGCACUUCCGGGCGGCAUCUUGAGGAGCCUGAUCAAGCACUUCCGGGUAGCACGUGGCGGCAGGAGUGACUCCACACUCGGCCUCUGCUGUUGUGGAGUCCGACACACAGUGAAAAUCACUGCAGAUGGCGUCGCGGUACGACCGGGCAAUUACUGUUUUCUCUCCCGACGGACACCUCUUCCAAGUGGAAUAUGCCCAGGAAGCAGUGAAGAAAGGGUCCACCGCGGUUGGAAUUCGUGGUACCAAUAUAGUUGUACUUGGGGUGGAAAAAAAAUCUGUUGCCAAGCUUCAAGACGAAAGAACUGUGAGGAAGAUUUGUGCCCUUGACGACCACGUCUGCAUGGCUUUUGCAGGACUGACUGCUGAUGCUAGAGUAGUGAUAAACAGAGCCCGCGUGGAGUGCCAGAGCCAUAAGCUUACAGUUGAGGACCCAGUCACUGUAGAAUAUAUAACUCGCUUCAUAGCAACCUUAAAACAGAAAUAUACUCAGAGCAAUGGACGAAGACCUUUUGGUAUUUCUGCCUUAAUUGUAGGUUUUGAUGAUGAUGGUAUCCCAAGAUUAUAUCAGACCGACCCCUCUGGUACUUAUCAUGCUUGGAAGGCAAAUGCAAUAGGCCGAAGUGCUAAAACUGUCCGAGAAUUUCUAGAAAAGAAUUACACAGAAGAUGCUAUAGCAAAUGACAAUGAAGCUAUCAAAUUAGCAAUAAGAGCUUUAUUAGAAGUUGUCCAGUCUGGUGGCAAAAACAUUGAACUUGCUAUAAUAAGAAGAAAUCAACCAUUGAAAAUGUUCAGUGCCAAAGAAAUUGAAUUACAGGUCACUGCAAUAGAAAAGGAAAAGGAAGAAGCAGAGAAGAAAAAAUCAAAGAAGACUGUCUAACUUUUAGUGUGAAGACUGGGAGCUUUUAAUGUUUUGUUGUACUUCUUGGAAUUAUUAAGUGAAGUUUUAAAGGAAAUAAGUUGAUUUAUGUCAUUACAUUAAUAGUUAAUGUGCUGUUUUGAGGAUGCCAGAUUUGUGGCUCUCUUUAGUUUAUUACACGGACAGACAUAAUUAGUAUAAAGAUUUUCUUUGAAAAGAUUUAGUAAUUGUU